AGAUAUAUUUAUGCGAUGAACACAAAAUAAUAAAUCACACGAAACCAAACUGGAUUUGUUUAAGUGAAAAUAAGAUUUAAUCCAAAUUGUGCCCAAAUCGUGCAAAAAUUUGAUGUUGAACAAAACAAAGUUGGAAAUGAAACCAUACAUGUAUGCACCGCCAAAAACAAUCAGUUGGUGGGAGAAAUGUUGGAGACAGAUCCGAAAAUGGUAGUAGGGUAGCGACACGGAGAUGAACAGAGAUGAGCGGUAGAGAGAUGGUGGGGGAGCGGCGGAAGAAAAGAGAGACGUGUGGGAGUAUUAGGAAAUUACAGAAUCUAUGUAUGAAUCCCGAAGAGGCGAUUCUCUGCUCGACCCGACCGUCGCCCUCGGAGCUCGAUCCGUUUCCUCCGGAACAGGCGCGCGCGCCGUCGCCUGAGCCGCUCGAGUGCCUGCUGGAGGCGCCGGUGCCGGCGUUCCUGUCCAAGACCUUCGAUCUGGUGGAGGACCCGUCUCUGGACGCCAUCAUAUCCUGGGCCCCGACAGGGGAGAGCUUCGUGGUGUGGGACCCGGUGGAAUUCGCCAGCUUUAUUCUUCCCCAUAAUUUCAAACACAGCAACUUCUCCAGCUUUGUUCGUCAGCUCAAUACAUAUGUGGGUACACACUCACACACAAAUAUAUAUCCACUUUGGCUGCUCUUCUUCUUCUUCUUCUUCUUCUUCUUCUUAUCUUUUCAUGUAAUUCUGUCCCUGGGUUUUUUGUGCAAUGUAUUUUCCUUUGAAUUGUUUUGCUUAUUUUUUUUCCUUGUUGUAAUUGAGAUAGAGAUGAUGAGGUGUAGUAGAUGUUAGGGGAAGUUUGUAAAGGUUUUAUGGAGUAAUAGAGUAGUUAUUUUAGGGGAAUCAAAGAAAUCCAGUGGGUGAAUUUGGGAUGAGCUGCAGGGGGCUUCAUCCAUAUUUUUGCAGGGGUUCCGAAAAAUGCAUGCUGAGAGGUGGGAAUUCGCGAACGAAGGGUUCUUGAGAGGGAGGAGGCACCUGCUGAGGAUCAUCCAGAGGAGAAAACCGCCGGGCUCUUCUGGACUUUCGCUGGAGGUGGAGAUGGGUAAAAUGAGGAUGGAGAGGGUAGGUAUGAUGCAGGAAGUGAUGGAGUUGCAGAAGGAGCAGCUGGGGACGGUCGAGGACCUGGAAGUGGUGAACAAGAAGCUGCAGGCUGCCGAGGAAGGGCAGAAGCAGAUGGUUUCUUUCAUGGCCAGACUGUUGGGUCAGAUGAAGAAGAUGAAAGAACCAAAUGCCAUAAUUGCUCCUCCAAGAACGACAACGGGGAGGAUGAAGAGGUUUGCGAAGCACAAUCCCAAAGAAGCAGGAAUGGGCAGCAGCCUAUUGGGAUCUGAUAAAAGAGUCAUUUUUGACAACGCUUUAGCUUCUGGUAAAUAGUGAAAGUAAAUCAAAAUGGAACAUUUUGGGCAGUAAAUGCAGCAAAUCAUAAGGGUCUAAAAUCGGAAACGACCUCUCUGUUUUUUUUACAGGGGUAAGGUUACGUACAUAUCGACCUGACUAGCCCCCACAGUGUUGGGAGUGUUGUACUAGGUUUGUUGUUUUUGUUGUUGCAGGGUCACAUGAAAGGGAAAUGGAACAUCCUCUUCCUCCUCUUAAACCCGAAGGGAUGAACGGUCUCCCCAGUUUGUCGCCGGUUAAAGAAGAGGACGUUUGGAGCAUGGGUUUUGGAGAUCUUGGGAGCUAUGGCACUGUGGUAGGAUUGGGAGGAGGAGGAGGAGCCAUUGGUGCAAUGUCAGAUGUGUGGGUGGACACUGAUCCAUUGCAGGCUGCCACUAGUUCAGAUAUGGAAAUGUAUACUUC